AUGGAGAUCAAAGUGCUGUACUUCGCGUCGACGCGGGAGGAAAUUGGUCUGCGUGAGGAGAAGCUGCAGCUUCCGGACAGGAGCAGCGCCACGCUGGCCUCAUUACGGCGCCUGCUGGUCGACAAGUACCCGCACGCUGCAUCCACCAUCGAGAGCAUCACACUAGCGCAUAACCUUGAGUACUCGGAGGACGACGUGGCACUGACUGCACCCAAGCAAGCGGAAGAUAAGCGGCAGAAACACGCGCGAUCUGACCAAGAGCUUGACAAUAUAUAUAAAUCAGCCCAAACCUUGCUGCGUCUUGCUUGA